AUGGCAGCGCUACAAUCGACGCGGGCUGCCGCCAACUCGUCGCGGCCUCUCCAACCUCAUCGCACCCCGGCUCCCGACUCGUCGUCGCCGCCCUUGUCCGUCUUCCUGACCAACCUGCAGCUGCUCGAUCUGGACCUGCUGCCGGACUGGCCCGGAAUCUCUCCCAUGACGUUUGCCACGUCGGGCGCCGGUGUCCCGGGCCAAAAGAGGCGCAUUCAGUGUGUCGAAUGGGCCCUGUUUCGCCUCUUUUCCCUCCGGGAUCCCCAAGAGGCCGCAAAUAAGCUCAAGCCCUUUUUCCCUCCCCUCGACCAGAUGCAGUCUCUCAACCUCCGCGCAGCCCUCCUCCGCGCCCUCGACAACGCGAAGAAGAAUGGCGUCUUGGGGCGCGACUUGGUCAUUCGCAAAACCAUGCUGGACGAGUGCAAGGGCGAACGGCUCGAGGAAGUCCUCGCCUACUUUUCCACAGCCGUUUUGAAAAGAGUCGUCGCCCGUGAUGCCCAGCGUGUAGACCGCCACCCAGCCCUGGCUGCCGAGCUCGUCUUGGAGGAGAGGGGCUAUCAGGGAAACAACGCAGAGCUCGUCGCCCUCGCCUUGGCACACAGGCUCUCUCUUCGACGGAUUCUCGAAAGGAAGGAGGUGGCCAGGGCCCGGUAUCGGGAUUUUGCUCACCUGCUCACCAUCAAGGAGCGCGCCAUGGCGCGGCGCAAUGACGUGGUCCGCCAUCGAGAACAGCAAGGCGGUGGCGGCACUGUAUCGGAAAACGUCAGGGCCGAGAUGCGCCGCACGGUUCGAAACAAUUGGUCUGGCAACGAGAGUUGGAUAAAUGUCCUCCUCGCCGGCACUGAGAACACCACCAGUCGUGGGCUUCUCGCCGAGCCUUUUGACAGAGUGUGGCGCCGAGUCCAGCAAGGCAGACUCGCGGAGCUGGAAGAAAGCGGAGGAGACCUCUUGGAACAGCUCGACACCCGCGUCAGGAUGCAAAGGGAGAGACUCCAGAAGUGGGAAGCGUUUCGCGUCGAGGCCUUUCGCCACAAGCCCGCACAACAGCCGUCGAGCCCAGUAGCCCACGCCGAGGCCAACACUGCUCGUGGCCUUGACCUCAACUUUGUCCACCAUCAGGACCUGCAAUUUGGGCUACCAAGCAUUGGCCGUGUAAACCAGCCCCUGACACAGGAAUAUGCGGGCCUUGUCAAUAAGUUGCAGGACGAGCUGACGCGAAUUCGAAGCCCAUGCGUGGCUCCCAACAGCUUGCUACCCAGGCCCCGGGCCCAGCGGUCCAACGCCGGGGACCAAGGCUCCGUUUCGGAAAUCAGUGAUCUGGAAGACGACGUCGGGAGCAAUCUAGCAGUCAAGCCCUCCGAGGACCCGGUGUCAACCAAACCGGACGCCUCAGGGCGAUUGCCGGGUGCUCAGCACGAUGCCGAGACUAUGUCGAUCGAGGGCCCUGGGUUGUCCCAAAAAUACAUGAGCGCCGCACAGCUCUUUGAUCACGACAUGCACGUCUUGGACCCCGUCGGCCGCAAAAGCCUCUGGCAAGCCUCGUCCUCGCCAAGCCCCUCGCCUCGGCCAUCCCCAGUGCGGGAGAUGGGUUGCUCUGAGCAGGAAUCGUUGAUGGACUCGCGGCGUGCCCUCUCUCCCACACAAGAGCUCGCCGACCACAUCCUCGAGUCGAUGGAUAACGCAUCUCCUUCCCCCAACAAGCGCGCCAAGCCCCGCCACACCCUCUCUCUUGCACAGCGCACCCGCCUCUCCAUGGCGCGGACGGACAAUCUGUUCCUUGAGGGCGACGAGCCAGAGUCCCCGCUGGAAUCUCCAGCCGGCGACGAAGCCGCGGCCAGCCCGGGCUUGGCCGUGGUGGACAGCAAAGCGUCGGCGGAUCAAGAUGGGGCCGAGGACCUUGUGAGCCGCACGCGGCGAAGCAUGGCGGGCUUUGAAAAGGCAAAACUCAAGGCACAGCUGGAGCGGCGUCGCUCCCAGCGGAAAUCCAGGGCACCGCCGCGCAAGGAGGGCAGCUCCUUUCCUACAGUGGAGGAGGAAGGGGGGUUGAAGGCGGAGGAUCCGGUGUGCGAAGAGGACAUGGAGGCCGUGUUUAGAUCAAGGCCCAAGAUCAAGGCCAGUCCGAUACCUAGCCCGACGCGAGACUUGAGUCAAGAUUCAUGCGAGUAG